AUGGCGAGCAGGAAAUGUCAAACCACCACAGCCAGCAUGCUGGAUCACCGGGCGAGAGCUUCCCCGCCUUUGCCUCAGGGUAGGGAGGCUGAAAAUGAGGGUGAUAACUUGCCUGUGGAGGACUAUGUGGAGAAGGAGACGGAGGUUGCGGCUGCCAGGGAAGGCACCCCUACGCUGGCCGAGCACGAGUGUCUCGACCACAGCGGAGAUGGCGACUCCAGUUCUGAUUAUGUCAACAACACUUCCGAAGAGGAGGAUUACGAUGAGGGGCUCCCGGAGGAAGAAGAAGGGAUUACUUACUAUAUCCGAUACUGCCCAGAGGAUGACGGUUACCUGGAAGGGAUGGACUGCAGUGGGGAAGAGUAUGUCCCCCAUGAAGAACAUCCAGUGGAGACGGAUGAGUGCCAGGAAGCUGUGGAGGAAGCGGAGUGGUCCGACAUGAAAAUGCAGCACCGGGAUGAAUGCGAAGCCACAGAAGCCCCGGGCCACCACGAGGGCUGCGUCCAGGUUUUGGAAGGGGAGGUGGCCUGCCUGGAGAUCCAAGACCAAGAAGAGAACCUCCAGUAUUGCCAUCCAAGCGAAGAGCGCUACCAGGGUUACUACUCGCCUGAAGCAAAUGGGAAUCCCCACGGGAUGUCUCCUUACCACUCUGGGAAAGAAGAGGCCGAGCUAGAAGAACAGGAGGAAGACAUCGACCAGAUCGUUGCAGAGAUUAAGAUGAGCAUGAGCAUGAGCAGCAUCAACAGCGCCUCGGAGAUGAGCCCGGAGCAUGGAGGGACUGAAAACGUGCCAAAUGACUAUGCAGAGACUUGUCCAAAGGGAGAGUCUGGCCACAGCUCCAACAGGCAUCUGGGAAGGCCAAAAUCAUUGAACAUCCCCACUGCAUCAAAGCAAGUGGGAGAUGUACCCAGAGGCUUCAAAACCAAGUCAAGAACCCCCGAGGAAAGACAGACGUGGCCACAAGAACAGGUGAGUUGUUGACUCUCUUCUUUUGCUAAGGGGGACAUUUUGUUGUUGGCAUCUGUCCAAGGCAAUGGAAGAGUGUGGCUUUGGGGGUGAAGUCAUACAUAUACAUAUACAUACAAAUACGCAUAGGAUCUUGUAUAUUAACAGUCCAUACCUAUGAAGUAUGUGCUUUGCUCUCUUCAUUCUCCAGCAUAGGUGGGAAAGGCAGUGUUGGAAAGCUGAGAGAGAUGGUAAGGUGAUAGGUCUGGGAAAUUGCACAGACUGACCCAGAAGAAAAGCUUUUCAAAUGACCCUUCUCCUCCUAGGAACCUCAUGGGGUUGGACUCAGGGGAGCCAUUAGCGCCCUUUUCAUGUCAGCAUCUCCCCCACCAAUCUCCAGCCUCCUCUCAGCCCUAUCUGCAUGUCCAGCAGCCAAGGUUAAUUAGGCCUGAAAUCAAAGGGCUAUAGGCACUCUGCCUGAUACAGACAUUUAUUUACAUUAUUUCAUUUCACUUGGUCACAAAGGGGGUUUAGACAACAAUCCAUCCAUCCAUCCAUCAGAAUUGCAGGCCUACAUUUUACCUUUUUGUGAUCUGUCAUUUUAAUGUUUGUUUUCUAUUGCUUGUAAUUGAUGUACACAACCCUGAUAUUUUAUGAGGGCAGGGUAUAAAUACCUUUACAAAUAAACGAAUGAAUGCCAUGUUUAAAAUAUCCUCUUGACAGUGCUGCAGUUGUCAGGAUUUUGGCUUGAUUGAUUGAUUGCAAGUUUAACCUACCGUUUUAUCCAAGGAGCUCAAGGUGGCAUAUGUGGUUCUCUCCCUCCUUGUUUAAUCCCCACAACAACCCUGUGAAGUAGGCUAGGCUGAGAGGCUGCAACUGGCCAAAGGUCACCCAAUGGGCUUCAUGGCCAAGUGGGGAUUUGAACCCCUGUCUCCAAGGUCCUAGUCUGACAUGGCAUUGACAUUUGGCAAGCCAAGAGAUGGCAUUUACUGAAUAGGCACCCUGAUUAUAGAAUUCCCUCCCCUCUCAAAACCCUCUCAGUUUUGCCUGACACCAGGUCUUUGAGCAUUUGCUGGCAAUUGAAGGCUUCUUUAUUCACCCAGGAAUAUAGUUGGAGUUUGGUCACACACGGGUGUGCUCUCUGCUUUUUUUCAGUACCAGCACCUCUUUUUGUUGUUGUUAAAAAGUGUGGCACGUACUGUUAACAACUUCAUGGUUGGUACCGGCACCUAUUUUUCUAGAAAAUAAACACUGGGUGUGCUGAUUCUGUUCAUGUUGUGCUCUUCUGUUGCGUUGUAUUGACAUUGCACCCUGUUUGGGAACUCCUAGUAGUGAAAAGCAGCUAACAAAAUUUACAAAUAAAACAAAAUAAAAUAAAACGGUCUUUGGGGAGCCUAAACUCUCCUCUUGGUUGCAGCCUUAUUCUUUGUGUCUGCCUCCGGAGUCAGGCUCUGUAUCUGCCAGUGUCCUUUUUGGGAUCAGGGUCUGCUGUGACCCUGCCUGGCACAAGUUCCUCUCUCAGCCUUUGAUUCCCAGAGGGCAAUGGGUCAUCAAGGGGUGGGGAUAGUAGUGGUUUCUCGAUUUCCUGUUUUGAACACUCAACAAAUGGUAGCAGCAGGGUCCACGUGGAGCAUGAUAUUUGCUUUCUGCUGCAUUUGCCACUAUAAUAUUUUUAAAUGGUUUCUCUCCACAAAGCACCAGUCAUUCAAAAGCCAUAAUUUCCAGGCCACACUUUUAGAAAUGUCUGUUGGUACAUAAGGGUUAGAGAUGACAGCCCACUCAGUCAUACUCAGAGUAGACCCUUUAAAAUCAGUGGACUCAAGCUGUCAAACUCCACUGAUUUGCUGCCAAAGUUGGAGACAGUAAUGCUUCUGAAUGCCAGUUUCUGGAAAUGGCGGGAGGGGAGGGGGCUCUUCUCUUUGCAGGUUUCCCUCAGGCACCUGCUUUAUCUGUAAGCUGCUUUGAGUCCUUUUCAGGGAAAAAGGUGGAGUAUAAAUAAAUAUAUAAUAUAAUGAUAAUAAUAAUAUGUCACGGACUGGCUGGAUGCAGAGGAGUGGUGGGAGGCCACAGCUGGGGAGCCCCCAAGGGAACUCCCCAAGGAAGAAGUCUCAGAGCCAGGGGAGUGGUGGUGGGAUGACGAUGAGUGGUCAGAAGGAGAAGAAGGAGCAGACGGAGGAGGAGGUGUUGGAAGCAGAAGAGGUGACAGGGUUUAGUGAGCAGGAAGAGGCUGUGGCAGAGAGAAGUUCAGACUCUGAGGCUUAGCGGAGGCUGGAGGGGAGGGUGGCAAGAGGCAAAGUUGAGACAGGCUUCUGAAGAAUCCAGAGAGUCUUCCCUUCCUGCUGUGACCAGCUCCCCUCCCUACUGGUCUUCUAGAACACAAAGAGAAAUGAAAGGAUUGGUUGUGACUGGGGUAUGGAAAGCAAGCCUUAUGGGGAAAGGUUGAGGGAGUUGGGUAUGGUUCUAAAAAGCUUUAAUCUUCCAACAUUCAGCUUCAUUGAAUUCCCAUGACUUCUAGUGUUAGAGUUCUACCGUUCCUAUUGUUAGACAAUUGGGAGACAGAAACCCUUUGCUGAUCACCUAGAGCUCUACCAGCCCUGAUUUACAGUUCUUGUGUUAAAAACAGUUAUUAGAUUUUUUAAAAAGAGUGUUGCUCAGUUUAUUGAGAAUGCUUUUAAAAAGUUCUAGACCUGAGAAAGUGCUAAAAGGAGAAAGUGCUAAAAGAGCCAGUGUGGUGUAGUGGUUAAGAGCGGUAGUCUCGUAAUCUGGGGAACCGGGUUCGCGUCUCCGCUCCUCCACAUGCAGCUGCUGGGUGACCUUGGGCUAGUCACACUUCUCUGAAGUCUCUCAGCCCCACUCACCUCACAGAGUGUUUGUUGCGGGGGAGGAAGGGAAAGGAGAAUGUUAGCCGCUUUGAGACUCCUUAAAGGGAGUGAAAGGCGGGAUAUCAAAUCCAAACUCUAAAAGGGACUUUCCCUAAUCUGGUGCCUUCCAGAUAAAUUGGACUACGUCUUCUGUCAGCUCCAGCCAGCAUGGCCAGGACUGAGGGGAGCUGUUGUCAAAAUCACCUGGAGUGCACCAGGUUGGAGAAGGCUGAUCUAGAAGGUCACUCAUGUUCUAGUAUGAGUGAUGAAUUAUUAUUGUAAUUUAAUCCUGGAAUCCUAGAAUCGUAGAGUUGGAAGGGACCCUGAGGGCCAUCUAGUCCAACUCCUCUCCAAUACAGGAAUUUCAACUAAGCCAUCCAACCUGUUAUGUCUUCUGCGCAUGGCAGUCUGUCUAUUAGCGAGACCUAGGAGAUGCACCCUGAGCAGGGGAACACUGCUUCUUCCUAAGCUUUAUAAACUAGACUAGCUCAUUAGCUGAAACAGCUUGAGGUGCAGCUGCCAUCUGAUGCAUUGCUGGGCAGCUAUGUGGGCUGCAGAAUCUGUUCCUGUCUCCUACUUUGACAGCAAGCAUUUUAGUUAUAUCGAUGUGUUAAUUUUUCUAUAAAUGCAUUAACUUUUAAGUAGGAGGAAUCUAGGACAGUCUUCACCACCCUAGUGCCCUCCAGACAUUUUGGCGGCUCCUCCCAGGAGAGCACAAGGCUGAUCUAAGACAACACAGUACUUUGACAAUGCCUUAAAAAAAUUAUACUGUGAAUUAGUGUCUGUUGUCAAGUGCCACAGCUCAGUGGUAGAACAUCUGCUUAAGGACACAAGAAGAGUCUGCUGGAUCGGGCCAGUGGCCCAACUUGUCCAGCAUUGUGUUCUCACAGUGGCCAACCAGAUGCCCAAGGGAGGCAUGCAAGCAGCAUCUGAGCGCAAGAGCAUCCAUUCUCCUGUCCUGUGUUUUCCAACAGCUGCCAUUCAGAGGCCUUCGCCCUCUGACAUUGUCAUACUGGUUAGAGGCCAUCAGUAGUCUUCACCAGGAAUUAGUCUAAUCCUCUAUGGAAGUAGUCCAAGUUUGUGGCCAUCCCUGCCUCCUUUGGGAGCAGAUUCCCUCUCUUGACUAGGAAGAAGUGCUUUCUUUUUGUCUGUCCCGAAUCCUCCAGCUUCAUUGGAUGUCCAUGUCUUAUGAGUGGGAGAAAAACUUUUCACUAUCCAUAUCAUGCACACUUUUUAUAAACUUCUGUCAUGUUGCCUCUUGCUCUCCUUUUUUUCUAAACUGAAUGCUCCAAAUUGCUGCAGGCUUUGCUCACAGGGGAGUUUCUUCAUCCCUUGCUUUGAUCAUUUUGGUGGCCCUUUUCUGGACCUUUUCCAACUCUACAAUAUCCUUUCUGAGGUGUUGUGACCAGAACCGCACACAUUAUUCCAGAUACAGUUGCAUCAUCUACUUGUAUAAUGGCAUUAUGAUAUUGGUGGUUUUCUUUUCUAUUCCUUUCCUCAUGAUCCCUACCUCUUAAGAACAUUAUGGAAGGAAGGAAGGAAGGGAAUGAACAUGCUUCACAGCCCCACAUCACCCUCCUUUUGUGAAGAAUGGGGGCAGGCCAAACACCAGCACCCUCUGUGUCUCUCCCCACCACCCUCCAACUUGCAGAGGUCAAAUGCCUCAAGUGGGGAACCCCCUCUACUUGUGAAGGGUCCUCACGCAUUUAGAAAUCCACACAACUGGGGUUCUAAAUGAGGUGGAGAGCCUCCCCCUGGAGUGGAGCAGCUCCCUCCCCAGCUUCAGAUCUUUGCACUCCAUGAGUUGGGGAGCAGAAAUUAGUGCACUGCGUCAGCUUUGAAUACAAGCAGAACACUUGGAUGGGACUCCUGAUUCACAGUACCAGGUGCCCUUGCAUGGGGGGGGGGGAGCCUCCCUUUUUCAUCCCAGAAUCCCAGGCUGGAUCCUCAGUCACAGAGAGGGAAAGCAGAAGAGGAGGGUACUGUCUCAUCACUCUCGCCUUUGCUUGCAAUUAAUUCUCCACCCCCUUUUAGCAACGAGAUAAUCUAUCGCUAUCUUUGGGACAAGUUCUCAUCUGGAACAUUAAUUUUUGAUUGGAACGAACAAGGGAACACACACAAAAAAUGCCCCGGAGAGUGAGACAUAUAUCCUAUUUGCAAAUAGAGCUGUUUAUGGCUAGCUUGCAUAUGGGACUUUUACAAUGUGACAGCAUCAGCUGGUAACAGUGUUCCAACAUCAGUGGUGACAUUUCCACAUGCAAAAGCAGGGGAGAUAAUUAGAUCUAUUCUUAAAAGUAGGUUGGGGUAAGGGACUGUUGGCAUUGAAAUUCUGUGUGUUAAGCAGCCCUGGUUUGUAACAAUUGCAUUGCAUCUUAGGCUCUGCAUAUGUUGACCAGCGAUUAUCUUGUAUUGGAGGAAGAGUGUUGUUCAGUGACAGAGAAAUGGUAUUGCAUGCAGUUGGUUCCAGGUUCCAUCCUUAGCAUCUCCUAUGUGAUUGGAACACCUUAGAGCAGCCUUUCCCAACCAGCUGUCCUCCAGAUGUUUUGGAUUGCAGCUCCUGUCAGCUUCAGCCAGAACACUCAAUGGUCAGGGAUAAUAGGAGUUGCCAUUCAAAACAUCUGGAGGGCACCGGAUGGAAGAAGUAUUCCCUAGAAAGUCACUGCCUGUCAGUUCAGACAAUACUGUGUGUCCAUGAUGAGUCCCUGGUGUGGGAGCUGGAACUCGAGUUGGUGUGUAAGGCGCAUAAAUCAAGCAGAAUAUAAAAUUUGUAGAUGUAAACCUUCAGUUUUAGACCUGUUGUAUGGCACUUGUCAUCCUCCGAAGUAUGUCAAUCAUAGCAGCGCAAUAUCUGGAGAUUGAAUAUAUUAUAUCAGGGUUUCUAUUUUGGAGCAGUAAAGAGAUAUAGAAUUGCCCUGUGAAAUUUGUGUAUUAUUGGCACAAUAAACCUGUCACGUAUGACUGUAUAGUAUUGGCAAUGGAAAGACAUGUGUUCCAUUGUUUCUAUAUGCUCAGAGCCACAGGGGCAGACCACAGCCCUCUCCACCUGGUGCCUGAACUACAACUCCCAUUAGCCCCAACCAGCAUGGCCAGUGCUCAGGGAUGAUGGGAGCCACAAUUCAUUAGCGUCUGAAAGCUACAGGCUGCUCACCACCAUGAUAAACCCCUACGUGCUGAAUCAUUACUUGAGGGAGAAACAAGCUCAUUUACUGACCAUGUCUGAGACAUGCUGUCUAAAUCGGGUGCUGUUCUAACCCAUUUUGUAUGUGGGCAUGUCUGGGCUACGGACGCAUUUCUUGUGCUGCCAAAUGAAUUGUGAUCAGACCUGACAAGGCCUUUAAAGGGUAGAAGAAGCUGUGGUUCUGCCGUUUCACAUCACAGGCCCAAUAUCUGUCCUGUCACUCUUGUUUGAAAAUUGUUUCCCACCCCCACAGCCAUCCUGCUUUUCUGCCAAAGCUUUUCUGAUUUAAUCCUGGCAGCUCCCAAAAUAAUUUACAUGUUAUUUGGCAGUGUUGCAAUCUUCUAUGUGCUGGUUCCCUUGUGUUAGUGUGUGUCCAUAUGUCAAUGCAUAUCUUACUUUUAGUGUAAUGGUGCAGUUGUGAUUGGGUUUCUCACAACUGUCUUUUAUAGGCCUUAACGGAAUUCUGAAAACGGCCAUCUGCUGUGGUGGCUGAGUCCUAUCCAACUCAGGAUAGCUCUGUUCUGCUUCCUCAGCCGGUGGCAGCCGUGCUUCUGAAUACCAGUUGCUGGAAGCCCCUGGAGGGGAGGGGUCUCUUCUGCUCAUGUGCUGCUUGCUGGCUUCCCACAGGUUAACUGGGUGGCCACAGUGAGAACAGGAGGGUGGGCUAGAUGCGCCAUUGACCUGACCUAGCAGGUUUUUCAUAUGUUUUUAGAGUGCUCCUCAUGGAGAGAGUUAUACAAUCUCUUUCCCUGCCACCCCCGCCACCCCUUGGAUGCAGAAGAAAGCCAUGGAUUGCGUCCCUUUUCACAUAGGUGUCUGCAUUUUCCAUGGCCUUGAUAUUCCACCACCCAGACAAUAAACGUGUGCCAUUCUGGAACCUGGAAUUGUUAUAGGUGCCACAAAAUACCCAUUUUCCGCAUUUGUAUGAAAGCAAUAUUUUGGUGUGGCAGCAUCUAUACUUUGGAACUCCCUGCCUAUUGACACCGGGCCAGCACCUUCUCUGUACUCUUUCAGUGCCUGCUAAAAACAUUUUAGUUUAGAGAAGCCUACCCAGACAUGUAGACAGUGGCAGAGCUUCAUGCUCCAGCACCGGGGGCAGAGAGCAGGCGGGGGGCUGGCUGGCAGGCAUGCAUCCUGGGGUGUGGCAUGCCGCCCACAGGGGUGUGGCGCGUGUCCCGGAGCAUGGUGCGCCGCCCACAGGGGCGUGGCACGACGCCCAAUGUGCGGUGGGGGCAGCCAUAAUGGCACCCCACCAGGAUCGUGGUGCCGGGGGCGGUGAACUCCCCCCGCCCCCCUCUUCCUCUGCCAGUGCGUGUAGAAUAUUGAUAACAUACUGGUACUUUAACCAGUUUUUCGCUUGUUGAUUUUUAAAAAAUGUUGCAAAUAGUUGGUUUUUAAGUGUUUUUACUAAUAAUUUUAUUGUCUUAUUCUCUUUGUAAACCACCUUGAGGUUUUUAUUUGUUUUUGUUUUUACAAUCAAGUGAUGCAUAAUUCCCCCCCCAUAAAUGAAUAAAUAAAUAACUCGGGAUUUAAACCCAGCAAAAAACCAACCAUCUUGAGAGAUAUUUUAUAUCUUCUACAUUCUUUUAAUAUGCUCACAAACAGUCAAUGGAUGGAUCAGCCCUUAUUUCCACAGUAGCAGCAAUGCAGAUUAUGGGUAGCAGGCAGUGAUAGAACGAUGCUGCCUUGAUCUCCUUCUCCCUGAGCUGUUGAUCAGUUCGGUCUUUCUGCUUCUUUUACAGGUAUGCAACGGGUUAGAUCAGCCUCGGAAACAGCAGCGUUCUGACCUCAAUGGACCGAUCAACAAUAAUAAUAUGCCAGAGGCAAGUACUAGAGGCCAAGGUGCUCUGUUUCCCCUGUCCUGUCUCCAUCUUGUAUUUCACGUCAUGCUUCUCUCUUCCAAAGCCGUGAACCCAGUUAACCCAGAAAUUCAGUGGCUAAAAGAUACUCUUCGUGGCAGCCCUGAAAUCAUGGGCCAAGAGAAUGUGAUUGUUUUAACUGUAUCUGGAGUGUUUUUCAUGGCAUUGUUAUCAAUGUGCUGACUGACCUGAGCUCCUUUGGGAGGAAGGGUUAUGUGGAAAUAGCAAUAAUAAUAAUAAUAGUAGUAGUAGUAGUAGUAGUAAUGAUGAUGAUGAUAACAACAUGCUUACAGCAGGGGUGGCCCACCUGUGCCCCCCCAGGUGGUGUUGGACUGGCCCCAGCCAGCAUGAUCAGUGGUGAAGGGUGAUAAGAGACAUCUGUGGGGCUGGAGGCUGGCCCUUUGUGGUUUGUUUAGGCUGACAUUUAAGGUGAGACAUUUAGGGUUAAACUCAGAGAAUGUUUUCUCAGAGGUGUGUGGAGGUGUCAGUUGUACACACAAACACAUGAGUCUGUCCAUAAUACUAAUUUGUGACAAUAUAAGCAUGGCCUGCCCCCAGAUGAGAUUUGAGACUGUGCCAGGUUUGGGUUUUUUAAAAAACAGGAAUGACACUUGGGCGUUCUGACGCUGAUGAGACUUUUCAGAAGCGUGUUGUUCUGAGCUGCAAGCAUGCCGGGGAAGUGAUGACAGUUUUAAAGAAAAUACCCUAUUUUUUGCUCUAUGAGACUCACUUUUUCCCUUCUAAAAAGUAAGGGGAAAUGUGUGUGCGUCUUAUGGAGCGAAUGCAGGCUGCACAGCUAUCACAGAAGCCAGAACAGCAAGAGGGAUUGCUGCUUUCACUGCGCAGCGAUCCCUCUUGCUGUUCUGGCUUCUGAGAUUCAGAAUAUUUUUUUUCUUGUUUUCCUCCUCCAAAAACUAGGUGCGUCUUGUGGUCUGGUGCGUCUUAUAGAGCGAAAAAUACGGUACAUCCAUAAAAACAGUGCUAACCAGCAGAUUGUACAAGAUUAAUUUGCAUGUGGAGUUGAGCCAUGUUCAAUAACGCAGAGAUUACUUUUUAAGAGGGGUGCUGCUGCUUUUAAUCAAGAACACAUAAUUGUUAUGUUGCCAAGCCCUUAACAACUUCUUAAUUGUUCACCUUGACCACGCCUAAGAAGCUUCUUCUACUCCUUCCUGCUUCCAUGCAGAGGAAACAAACCAUAAUCUCUGGCUUGGCAUUUCAUCUAAACUUUGGACUGCGGUGGGUUUCACUCCCAACAAACCGCAGUCAGUAAGGGAAAAAAUGAAUCUUGUUUGUUUGGAGAGAGACUAACCAUGACCCCCUGGUAUGAAUGUAAUGCUAAGCCAGAGAUCAUGGUAUUCUCCCUGCCCAGGGGAUGGGAAUAGCAGAGCUAUCACUUAUUGUGAUGUGUGAAUCAGGCCAAUGUCAUGUAAGGUAAAGGUAAAGGUAUCCCUGCCCAUACGGGCCAGUCUUGCCAGACUCUAGGGUUGUGCGCUCAUCUCACUCUAUAGGCCGGGAGCCAGCGCUGUCUGCAGACACUUCCGGGUCACGUGGCCAGCGUGACAGCUGCAUCUGGCGAGCCAGCGCAGCACACAGAACACCGUUUACCUUUCUGCUGGUAAGCGGUCCCUAUUUAUCUACUUGCACCCGGGGUGCUUUCGAACUGCUAGGUUGGCAGGCGCUGGGACCGAACGACAGGAGCGCACCCCGCCGCGGGGAUUCAAACCGCCGACCAUGUGAUCGGCAAGUCCUAGGCGCUGAGGUUUUACCCACAGCGCCACCCGCGUCAUGUAGUCGCCUAAAAUUACGGUAAUUAUGAUGAAAAAUGAAUGAAAAAUGCUUCUGUUCUUCCUUCGCGUCAUGUGCAUGCAUUUUUCAUCAUAAACAUCUUACUAUUUCUAUAGAGUUAUAAGCUCUUUAUUUUUAUAUCCACACAGACAAAGAAGGUGUCCUCCUUCCCAAGCUUUGUUGAUGGUAAGUGCAUCUUCACGGGAUUCCUAAUGUUUAUAACAUUAAGACUGCAGGGGUGGGGAUGGGGAAUCCUGACUUAUCGAGAGAUGAUUUAUCACGUGCCAUGAGAUUUAUGAGACUUGGGGGCAGCUGUGUCUCCUUCCUGAGACAACCCUGCAUUCUACAGCGAGAGAAGGGGAGGGAUUGAGAAACCUUUGCAGCUUGAGGGCCACAUUUCCAAAAGUGCAGCCUGCCAGGGGCCACAUGCCAGAGGGGUCGGAGUCAAAAUUGGGCAGAGCAACAGAUGUGACUUUUGAGUGGCUGGAACAUGGCCUCUUAUCGUUAAAAGCUGGGAGAUUUCUGUGCUUACAUAGAAGGGAAGUGAGUCGCUUUAUUGUUUAAUCCAGGGUUGGAGAGCCUGUUGAUUCCAGCUCCCAUCAGCCCCAGCCCCCUUGGCCAGUGAACAGCCAUGACGGGAGUUAGUAGUCCCACAAACUGGAGGUCCAGCCCAGCUUUCUCCAACCUGCCAAUCUUGUUACCAAGCCCCAAAUAUAUGCUUGAUUUUUGCACCCCAGUUUAGAGGCUUGAAAUGAACUAGAUGGUCAACAGCUGAUUUCCCUAUAUGGCUUAGACCAGUAGUUCCCAACCUUUUUUUGGCCAUGCCCCACCUAAGCAUCUCUAAAAUCCUGAUGCCAACCCCACCCCCAUGACAUAGAAUUCUUAUUAUUCAAAGUGAACUCCUAUUCACAUGGAGGAAGCCUAAAUUUCACUAUUAAUAACUCAUUCACAAUUUGUCCCCCUUAAAAAUUGAAUUGCCCCCCUGUGGGGCAUGUGUCCUACGUUGGGAGCCACGGGCUUAGACUGAAUACUGUUAAGAAACUGUGCUUAUGUCUUUUAGAGAUGGCAUUUCUUUUUUUGCUUCCAGCCAUUUGGAGAGUACACCAGAUUAUGAGAGUCCCGUUAAUAGAAAUCAGUGCAAUUUCUAUUUUACAGGCUAAAUAAACUGGCAUUUGGAAGUCUCCCACAGCAAAGCAUAUUAUGCAGACUUAUUUGUAUGGUUCUAGCACCCCUCUGACUUUGGGACUUUUAAUUAGUAUACUAAUAAUUGGUGCUGAUGGCCGACCUAAUGAAAUUAAACUUCUUUGUAUGAUUGAUCUUCACUGAGAAUCUUGUUGACAGCAGAGGGUGCAAGGUCCACUUAGUUGUGCCUCAUUUGUCCUUUUCUGAGGCUGACAUUAUGGCUGCUUCUUGUCUUCCAUUAAAUCUGACUGAGAGAGAAACCAGCUCUUGUUGACGGGUUGUGCAUGCAAAAGAAGGCAGAGCUGGCACAGAGUAGAGAGCGCCCUACAGUGCCCUCCUACACGUGUCUACUCAGGAGUCAGCCAGUGACUCACUGCCAGUUAGGUGUGUGUUGAAUUUCAGCCAUGUGUGUGUGUUUGUGUGUUUCACCCCCCCCCAACUAACAGGUUUUAUUUAUGACAAAAGUGAUAUAAGCUUUUUAUCAGAGACUGAAUUGUCCCUGGAAUAUUUUCUUCUAAUGCGGCUAAGUCUAUAAAAGCAAGGCUAUGUAUGGUGCUUCAAUGUGUAAGAGAGCAAUCCGAUGCAUGUCUACUCAGAUGUAAGCACAGCUGAAUUCAUUUGGACUUACUAGCAGUAAGCGUGCAAAGCAUAGCAGCUAUAUUUGAAUAAAAAACAUAGAUACAUUCAUCUGAUCCUGUUGGGUUCUUUUACACUUUGUCAUGUAUAACCUGUAUGUAUUAACUAGGAUUGUAGGUCUUGCCUUAAUUCAAGCAACUGAGCCCUCUUGAAAGAUCAACCCUAAAUCCUCCCACCCCCACCCCCCAUUUUUGCUCCAGGGAGAGAGUAGCUGCUUUGCAUGCAGAAGUGAUGUCACCUGCAACAACUAUUAGAGGGACAAAUCUUUGUCUGAGUCCCCAGAGAGCUGCUACCAGUCAAAAUAGAGUAGGCCAGCCAACAUGAUGCCUUCCAGAUAUUAUGCAACUGCAGCUCCUAUCCUCCUGGUGCUGAAUGGGAAUUGGAGUUCAACAGCAUCGGAGGGGCACCACGUUGCCUACCCAUGGAGUAGACAGCGCAGGGCUAGAUGGAGAGAUAAUCUGACAUGGUUCAAGGCAUCUUUCUUCAUUGCUUUAUUGCCAUAGAACUUCGUAAAAGGAUUGUUGUAGCCCAGAUCAUCUGGCAGGCACCAGGCUGGUGAGGGUUGUGUCAGCUAUGCCUCCACUGUCCCAGCAGUCUCCUGUCCAGAUAACCUCCCCUCCCCUGCCCACAUUCAUUACAUGGAGAGACAAUGCUCUGCUUCUAGUAUUGGGUCAAUUAUUGCACUCAUUUUGGCUUUAAAACAGGAGAAACUCAGUCUUAUUGGUCAUUCUCUCUGCCCUUUGAGGCUCCAGCUGGAAGUAUGUCUUUUGAUUCGCCACAUCCCCCUUGACGGCUGAUUUAUCAGUCUUUUCAGCCCUUCAGUUUUCAGUCUCUUCCUCCAUUUCUCUGAACAGCUUCCAGCUCCAGCUGCAGUGAACCUGUUCAGAGCUUCUGUUUCUGUCACCACAUUGCUAAAGGGAGGGAAAGUUCUUUCCCUGACACUUGCAACCAGCAAAACCUGGCUAAGGUCUGGAAACAUCAGAGAUUGCAGGAGACACAGGUGCCUGCAAAUCUCAGCACACAAAAUAAAAGGUGGCUUGAGAUUUCCCAAUCUCACCGCUGCACACCCUCCCUUUGAAGAGGAUCUGAGUUAAUAAGUUAGUCUGGUCAGGAGCCAGAAAUGUUAUUGUAGCAUAAACAAGCAAAUAUAUCAUUAAAAUGAUAUGGCAAAAAUAAAAAAGCUAAAUACACCGAGUGGACUUCAGUGAAACACCAUGAUGAAUCUUCCAUCUGUGCGAGCAUUUCAGCUUGUCAGAUAGAAUGGCCCCCUGUCCUCCCCACAUCUGCUGUUCUGUGGGGAGGGUUCUCCUGACCCUCCCCCAAGCCAAUGUGAGGGAAAUGGGGGCACAGGGGGAGGAGAGGGAGAAGACCCAUUGUGCGCAUGGAAGUUCAUUUGCAGAGAUUCUGCUGAUGGGACUUGUUAGGUGAACGACUAAUGCAGUGGUUUUACUCUGAGUAAACAUAGCUGGAUACAACUCUCUGUUUUUAAAGAAUGUAAUAAUAUAAAUUUGCAUUUUAAUAAAACUUUAGAAAAUAAAUAAGUGCAAGGCGUCAAUCAUUCCAUUUGUAGCCAUUUGGCCAAACAUAUGCAUGGUGGGGACCUAUUUGCAGAGAGCUGGGGAAAGUGCAGAAAAGAGCAACUGAAAGCAGCAAGGAAUUAUAGCCCCUUCUCUGUGAGCAAAGACCAGGGCCCUGCAGAGAGUCCCAGCUAACCUCUGCUCUGGAAAGCUAGGACCCUGGGAUAAUUAUUUUACUGCAUUUUAAAGUUGUUGUUGUUUUUAUUUUAAUGAAAUCAACAGCAGCAGCAUUUUAUUAUAGUGUUGGUUAUGGAACCUUGGGCACUUUGAUAGUCUGGCAUAUCUGGUAAUGCAGGAUGCAACAUUUUAAACAAAUGGUGAAAUCUUAGAGCUGGUUGGUACAAGGAAGCGCCUCCAAAGCUACCUCUUCUAACUGCUCCCAGAUCCAGAGGUUCAUCUCCACCAAUAUAUUUCCCCUUCUCGUUUCUCAGAGCAAAGCAGGUUGGCUGGCUCAGCACCAAGGAGAGCUCAUUGUGGGCAACAUGGGGUGCAUUUAAGUGUGAGGGUUAUUGUGUUAGUUUCCCUUGUUCUCUGCUGCAAAGACUUGUCCUCCUGUGCUCAGGUCCUGCUUACAAGUUUCCUGCAGGCAUCUAGUUAGCCACUGUGAGAACAGGAAGCUGGACUGGAUGGGCCAUUGGCCCAGUCUUAUGUCCCAGAGGGCAUGCAUUUCACUGCCAUUACUUAUGAAUCACCCCUAGCUGGCCAAGGUUUCUCUACAACCCUUUAUUCGCUUUGUAUCUGCUUAACUGUCAGGACUGCCCCCAAAGGACCAUGGGAAAUGGAAUUGGGUGACAUUUGCAAAUCUGAGGACUUUUUGGUAGUUUUUCAAGGGGCAGUUUCCUCCCAGAUGGCAUGUGGGAUGAGGUUUGGCACUGGUGGAACAGUGACUUCAGUCAUAUUAUCACCACCACCCUGCACCCUCUCAAGAACUAUGCUAUUGGUGUGUGUGCUGGGGGAAGUGUGGUGGCCCCUGUUCCCUCCCCUCCUCCAAAUGCCCCAGAAUACUGCAAAGGGGCCGUUCUGGGGGGGAAAUAGAAGAACAUUAGAAAAGCCUGCUUGAAAACAUCUCCUGCUUUUAAGUAUCCCGCAUUUCUUCCUCCCCCCCCCCGCCCCCCUCUUAGCUCAGCCUCAGAUUGGGGAGGAUGGUGAGAGUUUUCUCUUCCUGACUCACAGCCCUUUCUUUGGGGAGGUGAAAUUGCCAUUAAAAUGGUUUGAAGUUGGUGUUGUUAUAUCUUGCCGCUAAGUUCUUCUGCUUUACUUUUAAUUUUAACACUGCUUUUUGCUUCCUUGUUCCCUGACCCACAAGGGCAUGGGCCGAAUGCUCUUGUUUAAAUAUUUGUUGCUGCUGUUGCGCUGUGCUCUUUGCAAUUAGCUAGGCAUCUACAGCAAAAGGAUAGUCUAUUGAGGGCAGUGUGUGGAAGUACGGAGUGCUCUUCCUUGCUCCGUUUUGCCUCUCUGCUGCUCUGUCUUAGGAGAGAAAUAAUUGCCUGCCUUCUGGCUUUUUAGUUCCAGGACCUUGCGAACCCGAAGACCUCAUUGAUGGCAUCAUCUUUGCAGCCAAUUACUUGGGCUCCACGCAGCUGCUCUCGGAGCGCAACCCCUCCAAAAACAUCCGAAUGAUGCAAGCCCAGGAGGCGGUGAGCCGCGUCAAGGUAGAUGUUUUCGAUCCAUGGAAGAGGACUUGGGAUCCCUUGAGGAUUGAACUCAGAAGAGUCAGAAACAUCUGCUCCUCAGCAUCCACAGCAGAGGAUUCCCACAUGGCUGUGGCAAAACCCUCUCGGCUCCCACCAUUGCGUUAAUUUCUCUCUCCCUGCUACCCAAACUGUGUGUGCAGCCACUGAGCAGCAGAAUAUAAAUAAUGCACAGGUUCUUUCAAAGUUCCCCCAAAUCAGAGUAACAGCCAGUUGUGGCUUUCCAGGCUUGUGUCGCAAAAAGCUCAGAUAAAUGCUUUCGUAUCCUUGUAUGUUGUGGAUAUCUUAGUGUUGCUUCAUCAUUACUUUUGGUGGAUGGAGGUGGAAGGGAGUAUCUAUAUUUUUAUUUUAUUUUUUAUUUAUAUUUUAUUCCAGUGGGUUACAGUAAAGUUAAUAAGAGAAGAAGAAAGAAGGGAAAAAAGAAAGAGGAAAAAGAAAAAGGAUGCAUAAACAUUUUAAAAGGCAGGGGAAAACAACAGUAACAAAAUAAUAAUAACAUAUAAUAACAAUAACAAUAAUUUACAGAACAAUGUAGUAUAUAGAUUAAUGAAUAAACUUAUUGUUUCCCCCAGGUAUAUGUUGGUCCAUGGGUCACUAUGGUUUUGAUAAAUACGUUCUAAAUAUCAUUAAAUAUGUCCAUGCAUAUGUCCAAGCAACCCAUUCAUGGGUUGCAAGAGUUGUCGUGUCACCAAUCCAUUGAUUGAAAGGGGCCAUAUUUUCCCCCUGCAAUAUAUUACUUUCAAUCUUUUUGCAGGUAUAAGGACAGAGAAUGUCUAUAUAAUGAAAAGUUGAAAAUAAAUGCAGAGGAGAAUUACAGAUAACCACAUGUAAAAUCACAUCCAACGACAUCUUGGCCAAUCCAUUAUUAAUUUAUUUCAUAAGAUUUGUACAUCGUUUGAUUGGUAUAAAAAAACCCCUCAAAGUGGGUUACCAAAGUUUUAAACAAUAACAUUAUCAAUAAGAAGAAUUAACCAUUUAAAGCUUUUACAGAAUUUAAAUCAACAAUAAACUGAAAACAGAUUAAAAUUUGCAUCAGCUUUCUGAAUACUUGGGUAGACUUGACUAAACAAAAAUGGUUUUAGUAGGUUUCAAAAAGAGCAGCGUGAGGGUGUCUGCCUGAUAUCAAUAGGCAGGGAGUUCCAAAGUGCAGGUGUUUCAAGCUCUUACAAAUGUGGAACUGGCAUCAUGUGACACCUGUAACAUUAGAAAUUAUGUUAACAUAAGCAAAUACAAAAGGCCCGCAAUGGAAAUUGAGUGGAAAGAGGUGCGUAAAAAUAAAAUUAAUAAGGGGCCAAGCUGAGGGGGCACAACAUCAAUAAGAAGAAUAAGAAUAAGAAUAAUGUUCAACCUAAGCUUACUGCAUAUUGGCAAUAACAGAGUUGGUUAGCUAAAUUACCCAUUAGGUACAACACUAAUGGGGGGAGGGGAGGGGGAAAGCUAGGGAGGGAGGCACAUCUGUGAAAUUGCCUUACCUGCUGCUCCUAGAAGUUAGUCUGAAACACUCUUGAAUCUAAGCACUGCCUCUCUCCCCUGAUAGACAUGAGGUCUAGGAUCCUUGCUCUUUAAGAGGCAUGGAUGGAACAAAAACUUGUAUUAUUUAUCUUUGAUUUUAUUGCAUUUAUAUCCCAUCUUUUCAUCCAAGGAACUCCAAGUGGCGUACAUGGUUCUCCCCCUCCUCAUUUAAUCCCCACAACAACCCUGUGAGGCAGGAAAUGCAGAAGGGAAAGCAGCCCUCUCGCCAAAAGGGUUCCCCAGCCCUGGUGCAGACCCACUCCUUCAUCUGCCCAGUUCCUGCUGCUUAUGCGGGUUCUCUCAUUCAUUCAUUCAUUCAUUCAUUCAUUCAUUCAUUCACCUUUUCUCCCAAGGAGCUCAAGGUGGUGCACAAGGAAUUGUCUGUUGUUGCUUGGCUAGUAAGAAGGCUUCUAAAUAGCCCACAAUAGCUGUAUGCGCAAAUAUCUUAACUUCUAUUGGGCUGGUAAAGCAUAUGCCAAUAUAUCAUUGGAGGUUCAUUGGAGGCGCUUAAACAGAGGUUGGAUGGCUGUCUGUCGGGGAAACUUUAGUGCUGAUUCCUGCAUUGAAGAGCAUUGGACUAGAUGACUUUUGGGGUCCCUUCCAGCUCUACAGUUCUAUGAAAUACAAAUCAUGAAGAUACUUGCAGACAUUUGGCAUUUUUGUGGUCAAGGCACCUUGCACAGCCCAGUGUUACUAAAUCUCAGCAUUAAAUACAGGUUAAAAGUGUCACUGCUCAUUCUCGUUAGAGAAAUAGCAUUUCCCCCUUUUAAUUGCUUUCCCCAUUCCGGCUCCUAAUGAGUGGUUUGGCUUUCAAGUAAAAAAAAAGAGAAACUGGCAGCCACAAACGAAACUUGAUUUGUAUUGUGCCAAAGUGCAGCACUGUUUAUCAGUUUCAAUGCUGUCUGGUUUACUUUGGUAGGCAGUCUCUCAAAGACGGUUGGCUGCUGCUAUUUUAAUAGCGGCUCAAUACUGCAUGCAACUCUUCAUAAGAAGGGGGCAGCAAAACUAUCUUGUUCUUUCUUUUUAAUUUAUUAAAUAGAGUAGAAAUUUCUGCCCCAAUUGAGUCCUCUUUUCUUGCAAUGAGAUGUUACUGCAUUUGCUGGGUAGCCUGUCUCAUUUCAAGGACUCAUUUCAAUAAUCAAUUCUUUAUUGUGAAAGAUAACACUUACAGUCACUUCUACAGCUCUGGAGACAUAUCCACACCAAUCUAGCAUCCUGGCAGCUAUUCCCAGGUCCACACUCUAUGGCGCAGUUGCAGCAACCCGGGACCACUCUCUCUCCACCAGUUUAUGUACCUUCCUCUGACAGACAGCACACUCACAACCGGAAGCUGCGCCUGCAUGGAAACUUCCUCUGCUCAUUCUGGGAGACAGGGGUGCAGAAGGGUGUGGGGGAGCACCUGGCUCUUCACUUACCUGACCAACUCUUCCUCCUCCUCCUCUUCUGGCUCAUUCUGUGCUCUACCCUCCAGCUCUGAAGCUUCCCCUGCUUUUGACUCUUGCCUUCUGGCCAAAACAGUACCCCACAAUUCACUGUUCCCCCUCUCCAAGUCAGGCUCCAGCCCCGCACCCCUUCCUUGACAUCUGAUUAAGAGCCUCCUGGAAGGAUCUGGCUGACCACCAUGUGGAUGCUGGACUAAAGGGACCUUUGGUCUGAUUUUGUUGUGCUGUUACAAAUGUGUACCUGGACUCACAUGUGCACAGCCAGCACUCCUGUGAGGUUUCAGUUCUUUUGCUGGAAUUAUAAUGUUCACUUGUUAUAGACAUGUUUUGACCUUUAAGAAGCUCUCACACAAAGAAAUAAAGAAAACUUGGUUUAUUAUAUAAAAUAGGAGUGAAAGACUAUAUAAAAAUGCUGCUUUAGACAGCAAAGUUACAGUCUGCUCUGAGUAGGACUAGCCUUGGAUAUAACCUUAUGGUUUACAAGGAGCUAUGAGCCUACAACAGCCUUCCCCAAUGAGGUGCUCUUCAGAAGCUGUGGAACUCUUGACUCCCACCAUCCCUGAACACUGACCAAUCUGGCUGGGGGUGAUGGGAGCUGGUGUCCAGGCGUCUGGAGGUUGAAUGAUGACGCCAAUGCCAGUUUAAGCUGCCCCAGAAGCAUCUGAAUUUGUUUUGAUAUUCUAUCUUAAUGGAGAAUUUAUUUUAAUAUGUAUCCCUGCCCCCCACUUUGUUGGCUGCACUGAGGGCCACAGAACUUAUCCAAGUCUUGGGUGGUUUUUUUAGGUUAAUUUCCUUUGCAAAAGUGGAAGAAAGAGGCACUGAUAGAGCACUGAUUUGGCAUGGGAAAGUUCCCAGGUUCAAUCCCUGGCAUCUUCAGUUAAAAUGAUCCUACAGCAGGUGAUGGGGAAGAUUUCUGUGUGGGACCCUGGAGAUCUGUUGUUAGCCCAAGUAGGCACUGCUGGACUAGACGGAAUGUGUGGUCUGUGUCAGCUAUCUUCUUAUGUCUCUGGAGGAGGGGCUGUAGUUAUGUGGUGAAUCCCGUGCUCUGCAUGCAGAAGGUCCCAGGCACAAUUCUUGGCAUUUCCAGUGUAUCUGGGCUGGAUAAGGCUCUUCUUGUCUGAGAUUUGGAAACCCUUUGCCAGUUGGGCUGGAUAGAGCAUUGGUGGGACUCCAGUAUAUGGCAGCUUUCAUACAUUUGCUUGUAUGGCCAAUCUGGAGAAAGUUUGAAUCUUUUGACAUUUGCACAAUUUGUUUUUUAUAGGAUGGAGGGAUCUUGUACAUUUCCCCCACUUGCUAAAGUCAGAGAAAGAGAGCCCAAAAGGGGAAGGUUUGCAGGAAACUAAGUUUGUGUGGACAGACUGAGAAGGAACUGGGGUUCAGUUUUGCUAAGUGACAAGCUGAGAGGCAACUUGACAAGCGUUUGAUAGUAUUGGGACUAGCAAUGUGAUUCUUGACAUAAAAGUGGGUGUGGUUUUGACAGGCAUGUGGAAGCUGUUCCUGCUUUCGCUCACUAGUCCUAAACUACAUUCACCUCUGACCUGAUGACACCAUUGGGUUAUGUGGGCUGGGCUGCAGCAAUAUCAGAAUGAUCCAGCUUGGAGGAUUAACUCCAUGUCCUAGGAUACAAAAGCUUGGUUUCUGCAUUUGGAUAUUAGAUGGCAUGGGAUUUGGGGGUUCACUGGAACAGAUUGGGGUUGCAACUGCAUGUGUAGUAUGGAAAUAUAAUCUGCAGCUAAGAUCAACAAAAUUAUGCAGCAGUUUCUGUAACCGAUGGAUGAUACUGACACACAUGUACACACAUAUAAAGACCAGCAACAGCCUUCCUUCCUUUAUUUCUGUAGAUAAUAGGUUUGAGAAUCUUUUGAUGAAAGAUUUCCCUGACUUCACAUAAUAUCUCUUUCUCUCGUUUUCUUUUUGUGCAUUUGUCUGUUUCCCUUUUUAUUUUUAAAUGCUUCUCCCCAGAGGAUGCAAAAGGCAGCUAAAAUCAAGAAAAAAGCGGUGUGUAGACUGUUUUUCUUGAAUGCUAUUGUCUGUUUUACAUUUGGUUAUUUUUGUUGUUUAUGUUUUCUGUGGUCUUUGUGCAUCCUGGAGUGUUGUGUCUCUCAUUGUGGAUCUUCGUCAAGCUGUAGCUUUCUGUUUUUGCUCAUUUUAAAAUGCAGUUGACCAGAUGGAGUGGGAAAGAUUGGUUGGCUUCAUCAGAGACCUUCCCAUUUUCGCAGGGUUGGUUGGUUUCAUUAGAGAGUUCCCCACUUUCCUGCUAAAUAACUCCUCUUUUCCUCUGUGGCUAUCCAUCCCAGUGAAAUGGGUUUUUUUGUGUGUGGGGGGUGAUUUUGUUGUUGUUCUUGUUGUUUUGCUAAGCCUGGAUAAACAUCACAUUUUCCUCUUGCAGGAGUUUAUUUCCAUCUGACAUACUUUAUUGCUUUUUGGAGGAGAAGCAGCCAAGACUGGUGUUGCAACCCAAUAUUCAUUAAUAUUUACGAUUUAUUAGAGCUUAUUUUGAUACCACUUAAUCAUUUCUAACCAGUAAACAUACACAUUUCAAAAAACAUACAUAAUAAAAAACACAGAGAACUUCCUUAAAACAUCUGCGGGGAUAGAAAAGUCUUUGUUAAGCACCUGAAGUUCAGCAGGGAGGGGACUUGGUUAGUCUCACCUGGGAGGGGGUUUGUAGACUUGAGCCCACAUUACUGCAUGCACAGCUUAUGGUGGAUAUGGGCUGUACAUGGGGAACCAAUAUAUACAACUUCACACCAUGCAUUUGAAGCACAUUCAGUGCACAUAUAUAGCAUAUCGCUUUUUCCAAAGAAUACUGGGAAUGGUAGUUUUCCUCUCUCAAAGCUACAACUAAUUGCCAGUUUGUUUUGGGGCCCUGUUUAGGGUGUUGGGAGCCAUAAAUGACUCAAGCCCCAAAUAUCUGAAAGACUGCCUACAGCACCUUAUAGAACUUCCUGCUGAGAAGUUCCUCCACCCUCAGAGGCUCAUGGGGUGGCGGACUGGGAUGAGGGCCUUCUCUGUGUCAACCCUGUGGCCCUGCCUUCCCACAGAGGUGUGUCUGGCUCCUUGAUUUUACAGCUUCUGGUGGAUGCUACAAAUGAGCCUCUUUGUCCUGACAUUUGACACUUGAAGUAGAUAUUUUUAGGACCCACUUUAUUUUUGUGACAUUGAAUAGUUUUUAAUAUUGUGUUUUAACGUUGUAAUCCACCCUGGGACCUUAGAAUGGGUGGUGGGUGGUAAUAAUAAUUCCUGACACCCUUAACAAACUACAGUUUCCAGGAUUCUUGCAUGAAGACUUGUGGGAACUGUAGUUUACCCCCACAGAUCUGCAGUUCCCAGCACCCUUAACAUACUGCAGUGCCCAGGAUACUUUGGAGAAGACCAUGCACUUUAAAUGUGCACUGGAUGUGCUCUUACAUGGUGUGGAUCUGCCUUAACAGAGACUCACCCGAAGAUACCAGUGAUGAUUUCAUAAGCUCUGACUACACUGCCGUGGUCCAAACUUUUUCUGUCGUAAUGUAGAUUUGGUGGUGGCAGUCAAAUAGCUUAUGCCUCAAUAAUCUCACCGCAGCCCCUUAGGCUGCGUACACAUGAUACACUCGAAGCACAUUCUGAGUGGUGGAACCACAGUUCCCAGCAAUUUUCUUUGAGGGAAAGAAUGCACUCUAAAGGCAUCGUGUGUACAUAGCACAAAAUGGGGGCCCACCUCAAACUUUUUGUUGGCCUGAGGUGUGUGCUGGACGACAGGAGAAGUCAAUAUUGCAACAUUGCUGAAAGUGUGGGCACGCAACUCUUUGAUCAAAAGCUGGUUGUCUUGGUUGACCGUUGAAAACACUGUUCCUCUCAAGCUGCCUAUACAGCAGUGCCAGCCUUGACGGAGGUGAGGUCUGACUUCCUUGAGCUCAGAGGGAAUGGUCAGAGCACCCGCUUUGCCUUGCAGAAGGUCCUUCGUCCAUGUCCAGAUGGAGACCCUGUCAAUCCAAUUCUGAGAAAGACAGACACAGCAGAGGGCAGCUUCACCUCUGCCUGAACGCAGCAGCCCUUCACAAGUUAAACAACCCUGUUAUAUAAACAACUCUUUGGGUUGUGUGAAUUGACUUUUUUGUCUUCCCUUUGUGCAAAUGAGCAAACAGAAUAAGUCUUCCAUUGAGUGUAAAGGUAAAGGGACCCCAGACCAUUAGGUCCAGUCGUGGCCGACUCUGGGGUUGCAGCACUCAUCUCGCUUUAUUGGCCGAGGGAGCCGGCGUACAGCUUCCGGGUCAUGUGGCCAGCAUGACUAAGCCUCUUCUGGCGAACCAGAGCAGCACACGGAAACGCCGUUUAGCUUCCCGCCAGAGCGGUACCUAUUUAUCUACUUGCACUUUGACGUGCUUUCGAACUGCUAGGUUGGCAGGAGCAGGGACCAAGCAAUGGGAGCUCACCCCAUCGUAGGGAUUCGAACCGCCGACCUUCUGAUCGGCAAGUCCUAGGCUCUGUGGUUUAACCCACAGCGCCACCCACGUCCCAUACCAUUGAGUGUAGUUUCCUGUUACUAUGCAAAAUAGAUACUUUGGCUAGAUAGUCUUCUUCACCUAUAACUGGAGGGGGGGAGGGAGAGAGAUGGAGAAAAGCAUCAUUUGGGGGAAUGGGGGUGAGGGAGUUACUGGGGCUGUAGGAUUCUUGAUCAUCACAUAUUUCCCAGAAUACCCUGUGCAUGUGGGGAGGCAAAAUGGUAGUUGCCAGUGGGGACUGCCAUUUGCGGAAUGCUACUGCCUCUCCACUCACCUUAUAUAGGUCAUUCAGGAAAAUUGAAAAUAGUUGUUAGCAGCCUGACAGGGCCUUGCAGUACUCCAAUAAGCCUUCCCCACCUUUCCAUUUAUUUUAUUUUAUUUUAUUUUAUUGCUGAGAGGCCUCCAGUCAGGGCCGGCCUGUCCAGGAGGCAGACCAAGGCAGUUGCCUCAGGCAGCAGAAUCUGUGGGCUGCCUCUGCAGGGAUGUCUCCCCUGCCGCUGCCGCUAGAGAAGAGACUGCUGCACCUUCUAUGUUCAGGCAAGAUUGUGCGAGAGCCCUGUGAGAUUGCGCAGAGGUCUCUGGGGCUCAUGGGAGUCCUCACCAGAAUCUGGCAAACGCAGCCGCAUGACUGCAAUAUGCAAGGCUUUGGCAGGGGCAGCAAGGGGUGGGGGUGGGGGGCGCACAGCACUUGCUCAGGGUGGCACCUUCCCAUUUUGCCUCCAACAUUUCGUCACAAAUGAGGGAUGUUGUGUCCAGCCCUGGCACAAACUCAUUGUAAGCUGACGUUAAUUCUUUAAUUUUGAGCUGGGGUAUAUCAGCAUGCUAGAAGAGAAUGGUUACGGUUCUCCGAGAAAAGAAAUCAAAUGAUUGAAGUGAGCUCAAAGCACCUGUCCAGAAGGAAGGCAUCUCUGCUGCAUCUCUGUUACGACUUCACUCACUUCCAAUGAAGAGGCAGAGGAGGAUUUUCCACACUCACACGAGUUCUCCUGUUGUAUCUCUGUAGGAGCCCCUGAGCUGGGCUGACUUCCUUCCAGGCAGGGGACACUCUGGAAUAGGAAAACUGAGGAAGGGUGUUCUGCAAAACUGCACUGAGGGCAAAUAAUUCUGACUUACAUACUUUAUAAAAGGAAAGCUUUUAUGGUCUUAUUGUAGUGUAACACCUUCAGUUUUAUUGUUUUAUUUUUUUAAAUUGUGUGCUCAACUUGCACAAGACACUUUUUCAAAGGGGCUCUGCACCUGUGAUCUAAGACUAGGGAUGGACAGAAGGUAGGUUCACUGGUAGAUCUAUUAGCAGUAGAGCUACCAAUAGUCCCAGUUUCCCCCCCAAAAAUAAAUAAAAGCAACCCACAAGUUAGCUUGCUAAACUUGGGGUGAGGUAGGAAAACCAGGAAUGGGGUUUUCCUUGGGGCAGAGGGCAGACUAAAUUAAAUUUUGUGUGAAAGGACUGUGAGGUCAAGCUCUAGUACUGAAAGCAAAUUCUCAUGCUCAGAGGCUCCCUGAUCCUUGACUGUUGUCAUCUAUCUGGUCCUUUUCCAUCUGGCUCUGGUUGGUGAACUUUGGGGUUCCAUUAAAAGAAGAAGAAACCCAAAAGUAUACUCUGCAAACCUAAAGUCUGCCCCCCUCCUGCCUCAAUGAUCUAAGGAAUCAAGACAACCAUGAGUCUUAAGGCAACUCGGAAAACUUUACAAACCCAUUGGGGCUUAAGCUCUUGUGGGCUAAAAAGCCUGUCAAAAGCCUAAUGAAUUUGUUAGGCUUUAAGGCAUAUUCUUGAUGCAAUAGAGUAAUGCAACCAAUCCCUCCUGAACUUGUUACUCUUAAACUUAAAUGGGUUUCUCUUGUCAAGAGAAUUCAUCUCCUGUUCCCUUGCUGGCUCCAUCUUCUGAGAUGCCAACGUGAGAAAUCCUUAUCUUAGGACACCCUCAAGUGAACUAGGCCCUAAGAAUGCUCCUCUCUCAAUCUCUGUUUGUGCAUGUAUAUUGGAAAUGGAGCAUUCCAAAUAUCUGUUCUGUGUUGCAGUAACUUUGUACAGCUUGGUCAUUGUACUCCCAUCAUGUCUGAAAUAGCUGGUUGAGGAAGGCACUGUUUUCAAGAGAAGAAGUCUUAAGUAAGUUAUUUCCUUCUUUUCUUUUUUCAGAGCUCUGAGGGAGAUUCCCAGGCUUUGACAGAAGUGGAUCUAUUCAUCUCCACACAGAGGAUUAAAGUUCUGAACGCAGAUACACAGGUAACAGGCAUACAAUCCCGAUGCCGCAAAAUGAGCAUCUAGAGUUGCCUUCAGCCUUCUGGUGCCCUUCAGAUGUUCUGGACUACAACUCCUAUCAGCCCCAGCCAGCACCAAAGGGAUAAGGAAGUAAUCUAGCGCUACCAGUGUUUCUCCAAUUGGGCCCUCAGCUGUUGUUGGACUACAGCUCCCAUCAUCCUUGACCAUUGGCCCUGCUAGCUAGGGAUGAUGGGAGUUGUAGUCCAGCAACAGCUGGGGACCCAAGUUUGAGAAACACUGCUAGCCUCUGCCAGAGCAUCAAAUGACAAUCCUCCUUUAAGAUUAUGUAAGCCUACCGUCACUCAUUUGAGACCUUGUGCCUGGAAUAAUUUAGCACUCAUUUCUGUGUUAUCUGGUUCAAGGGGGGGGGACCCAAACCACCACCCAUUUGCAACCCCCUUAACCCUAAAAAUAGUGAGAGUAAAGUGACAAAAUUUGGAAUGAUGAAACAUCAUGGUUCUUUCCUGCUGUUUCCAUGGGGGAAUUAAGGGGGCGAGGAGAAGCAGGCAUGUGUGGAAAGGGGGGAGUAGCAGUGUUGCCCAAUGCCAUUUGUCGCUGUGUCUUACCAUGCCCACUGGUGUGAAUGAAAUUGAGUGUGACAUAUAGGGAUAAAAAAGCCACCGUUCUAUCAUGCAACAGGGACUGCAGUGAGGUAGGAACACUAGAAAAUGGGGCAGAAGCACUAGCGUGAUAAUCAGGAAAAGCAACACAACAUUCCCUGCAUCCGAGACAGACAACCCCCUAUUAUUAUUAUUAUUAUUAUUAUUAUUAUUAUUAAUACAUAUUGAAGGAAAGUUCUAGGGUAGAUGAGCAGAUGGACCCUUCUACUGCUAAUAUAACUUGGUUCCUUCCAUUGUGUGUUGUGUCUCUUCCUUAGAUGGUAAACCUGCAGGUUGGGAUUAGCCAUUUUUUAUCUCUGUAGUCUGGUCUUUUAAAAAAUAAGAGCAUACACAGGUCUGCUAAGUGUACCAUUCAGGCCAGCUGCCCAUGCUGUCCUUUCACAUUCUCAAUACUUUCUGCAGGACAAUUGCUCAGAUCUUCAUUAAAAUCCCCCACCGUCAUUGCCUCAGGCCCACUGGUAAAGCUUAAUAAAAUGACAAAUGGUAAUGGGACUUGCUAGCCGCUGCAACAAAUGCAUUCCAUAGCAGCAUUUCGCUGCUGCACAUAAAUAAUAAUAAGUCAGUUCAAGGUGUGUGUGUGUGUGUGUGUGUGUGCGCGCGCGCGCGCGCACAGUGGGAAGGAAUGGGAGCUGUUUCCUUUGUGUGUGAGCAUCAAAAGCCAGAAGCAAGAUUUAACAGUCAACAAAUUAAUUUGUUCCUCAACGGGAUGGGUCAGGCUUGCUCUCUAAAUAGAUAUUCCUUGGCUUGGCUCUUGAGCGCUCAUUGUGCAGGGAGCCUCAAAGCCAAACUGGCCAAGGAGUCUCUGUCCGUCCUCACUGCUGACAGUCUGGGGGUUAAUGUCAUAGCCAAGGGAUGCAGCCGCUCCCAAGGCAGUUUGGUUGACAUAACUGGUGUCCGGUUACAUAAAUGUUGUCGGUUAACAGUGAAUCCCUAGCAAAUAGGCCUUUUGAGAAGGGGGCUGUGACAGAGCACUACCAUUGCCUGCAGCAUGAUCCUGCCACCAAAACAAUGGAUUUCAAACUGAAACAGGAAAUGAGGUAUAUGUGUUAAAUCUGUCUCACCCUCUCUGUGCUUGGAAGCUGAAAGCAGUCCCUUUUCACAUUCUGUAUACCGGGGGUGAGGAACAUUUUUCAGACUGACAACCAUCUUGGGCCAUCUUUUGAGGGGCCACAGACCAGUAGUGGGUGGGGUCAGAGGGAAAGAAUGGGUGGAGCAAUGGUAUGACUCUUACCCCCACCCCCAGACACAUCUCUUCAUCCAGACAAGCAAGAAGUAUUAUCACGGUUGCAGGACACAUUCCAGCCAAGCAAAGAGCCCUUCCGGGUGGUGAGAAGCAGGACCAAGGAGGAGUAUAGCACACACACUCCUUGCGGAGGAGAGCUCAUGGCCUAUAGUGGAACCAGCCAACUUUCACGUAGGGCCCGGUGGGAGGGCCACGUAGUCUGUAAUCCUGCACUCAUUCAGGAGGCCAGGAAGGAGCCACCAAGCUGAUGCUCAAAGCAGGGAUGGGGGGAGGGAGAGAUGACAGGGAAUGGGAGUCACAGGUCUCUUAUCAUAGGCUGCCAUCUCAAAUACACUAAAGGUAGGGGGAAGCCAAAGGCAGGGUCUUCAGCUUUCAGUGGCUGCUUAAAUUAACACCACUUUUGCCAAGCUAGUGCCUUCCAGCUAUUUUUAAAGCUUCUUUAAUGUGUGAUCCUGAGAUUUCAGACAAGCUUCGGUUUUGGGGUGUCCCUACGGCCCCCAGUUUGCAUCUUAAUUACUCAGUUUGUGGGGCAGCACAAAACAUGGUGUUUGCAGCACAGAACUUUGGCACCUGUUUGGUGUCAAUCGGACAGUUUUGGAUUUUUGGCAUUAACUUGUGACCUCAAUUUGCUUUGUGAAUUACUCGGUUUGGAGGGUGGCACAAAACACAGGUUUCACAACACAAAAUGGCACAAACUAGCACAAAACCUUGGCAUCAGUUGACAGGGGGAUCCAGAAUUUCGGGGUCACACGUUAAUGAAGCUUUGAUUACAACUUCCAUCAGUCAAAUGCAUUUGCAGAUUAGUUUUUGUGGCUGCCUUUUUCUUCCACUCACAGCUCCUUUGAUCCAACUCUUGACCUUUGUCCCUGCAGAUUGAUUAUUUGUUUGAUCAGUGUGGACCAUGAGGAGGAGCAGGAAUGGAGGCAGAUGUGCAUUCAAUUUGCUGUCCUCUGAACGCUCAUCCCUGAAUUCUAUUGUCUUGUUUUAAAAAUACAGUAGCAGACUUUCAUUUCUUGCCUAGGGGAAAUUCCACCCCCUGCAUCUUCAGCUUACAUUCAGCUUCCCCUCCCCUGCUUUCUAAAUUGUACAUUUUCAGUAAUGUCUAUUAUUUCCCUUAAUUGAUCUCACGAAUGCCUCUCAUUCUUUAAGUGCGCGUGAAUUUUAGUUGUGUUGAUUUGAGCCAUAUAGCCAGUCUAUUUGUUUUAUUUGUCAAAGACUUGCUGAACCCAUUUCAUUUUGAAAUGCUUCAUUUUGAAAUGUAAGAGGUGCUUUGCAGAAUAUAAUACUUUUCAUAUGAGUACUGCAUUAUAUGUGGCUUAACAGCCAAGGUUUUUAAAGCACCAAAUUUAAUUAAAAGCAAAAACUAAAUGGCUUUAAAUUGAGCUGCAUCCAGGGUCUCUAAAUGCCCAUUUAAUUAACUGAAAUGUCAGAUGUGUGUGUGCACACGUGUGUGUGUAUGUGUGCGUGCGUGUGUCCCCACACUUUUGGCUUUUUAUUUGAAAUGACAGUUUGAGUUGCUUACAUCAUUUAUCAAAGAAUAAGAAAUCAAUGAUUCUUUCUAUAUAUUGGUAAUGGAAAGAUUUUUCUGAAGACUAGCACACUCUAAAAUGACCCAUAAUGAUUGGCAAAAAAUUAAUCAAAUUUGCUUUUCAGUGCAAGUUCAAUAGGAGCUGAUUUGUACAUCACACAGGAAGAGGCGGGAGAAUUCUGGAUAUUUCUGCUGCAGAUUAUUGUGCAGGAUUGCAGUGAACUGAUGAACUGAAGCAUGGAGACCAUAAGAACUUUGGAGGAGCUCUGCUGGCUCAGGCCAAAGCCUGUCUAGUCCAGUGACCUCUUUCCCAUUCAGAUGCCCCUGAGAGCCCCCAAGCAGGACAUGAGGAAGAUGGGGAACUUGCCCAGUCUAGGAACAGAACAGAGCCUGGACUGGACUGGACCAAAGAGUUCAGGGAUGAGGAACCUGUGACCCUCCAGAUAUUGUUGGGCUCCAGCUUCCACCAGCCCUGGUUCAGUUCUGGGCAGCAGAAGUGGGCUGGCACAUCCGUUUCAAGGCAGUGGGGCACUGUUCUUCUAAUGUUUUCUCUCUUCUUCUUUAUAAAAUAUGAAGGAACAUGCAUCAUUUUAAAAUAGUUGGGGGCCCAUGUUGAUAGUUUUGGCUUAUCGGUUGCUCCUAGGAAACCAUGAUGGACCAUGCACUGCGCACCAUCUCCUACAUUGCCGAUAUAGGUAACAUCGUCGUUUUGAUGGCCAGGCGCCGGAUGCCCCGAUCAGCUUCGCAGGACUGCAUUGAGACGACCCCCGGCGCACAGGAAGGAAAGAAGCAGUACAAGAUGAUCUGCCACGUCUUCGAAUCAGAGGAUGUAAGUGAACGGCAUUUGGAAAAAUGCAUUAUUUAGAGGUUGUGCAUGACUGAAGCUUUUGCUUGGUUAAGCCUUUCAGAGAUGGUCAGGGCCAAUGUGUUUGCUGCCUUUCCAUUCCCAAGAAGUUUCCUCUUUAUUCCGCUUGGAAUUCCCCGCUCAGAAUGCACCUCUGUAUGUUAUUGCCCUUCUCCUGGAGUGCUUGAACGUUUAAUAAUUUACCUUACUUUUAAAAGGUCUUUUAAAGCAGACAUGACCUAAAAUGACAGCAUAACAUGGACUCAUAGCUCAGUGUUAUCUACUUUGACUGGCAGCUGCUCUUCAGGGUCUUGGGCAGAGAAAGAUCUUCCCCACCAUCUGCAACUUUUAUUUGGAGAUGACAUGGAGCGAAGUUACUCUCUCCUACAUGCAAAGCUACAAUACCUGAACCAUGGUCCUUCUCCUGCCUUGGGAUGGUGAGCUGGGGGUCAUCCAGAUGUUCCUGGACUACAGCUCCCAUCAUCUCUGAUCAUGAGCCAUGAUGGCUGGAGCUGAUGGUAACUGGAGUCGAGCUACAUCUGGAGGGCCACAGGUCCCCACCCUUGCCCCACCCUUAAGGGACAUCCCUUUCUUCCUGUCAUUGUGAUGCAGACCAUGGGUAGACCUUUGCAGCAGGGAGAACUGAAGGGCUGGCAAAUCAUUGCAGAGCAGUCAGAGCAUAAAUAUAGGUCAUCUAACACAACUGCCAUGAUUUAAUUACAUUACUCCUUAGUGAGCAAUUGAAUAGAAUCUAGCUUAAAUACCUUUCCUUACAACCCUAGUGUAAUAUGGAAUAUGUAUGUGACAUGUGCUUGACUCUAGUUUAGUGUGCGCUAGAUCAUAGGCUUCCAUGCUGUGGUCUGUGGAUCAUCAGUGGUCAUGGAAUACUAGAAUUGUCCAACCCCCUGCAGUGCAAGUCCAUUAGCUUCUUACAGGUGGCCCACAGUGGUGACUCUGCAGAGUGGCAUAGUUACAUGUGUAUGAUGAAUGAUGGGCACAGAGGCUGUUUCGUUGUCCUUAGAACCUGGUGGUCCUCCCAGAAGGAGUACAGCACAGCCAAGGAAUAAAGCCAAGGCUGGCAGCAAGAUGGGGUAUAGAAUUUUAAAUAUUUUAAAUAAAAUACUUCAAUGUCUAGCAAUUGUACAUCAAAAUUGCUGAACAACAGGCAGAAAAAUUAUUCCACUUUUUUUUUUUUGCAGGCUCAGCUGAUUGCCCAGUCAAUUGGCCAGGCCUUCAGUGUGGCAUACCAGGAGUUCCUCAGAGCUAAUGGCAUCAACCCUGAGGAUUUGAGUCAGAAGGAAUACAGUGACAUCAUCAACACCCAGGAGAUGUACAACGAUGAUCUGAUCCAUUUUUCCAACUCGGAAAACUGCAAGGAGGUUAAUUUGCCCUGUUCUUAAAGCGAAAUCAUGUUUUGUUGCUCCUUCUUCACUGUAGGAUUAGGAAUGUACAUGCUGGGAACCCAUGUGGAGUUUUAAGAACUCAUUUGCAAACAUAUAUUUUCAUCGUAUUGAAACAGUAACAUAAAAUUAAAUUCACUGAGCUGGGUUUUGAAUUUUGCUGUUGUUAUAUAUAGUUCAUUGAGUUUGGACUUUUUUCAAGCAGCCCCUUUACCCCUUCAGCCACCCCCAGCUUUCCCACACCUCCCACUAUUCACUUGUAAGAACAUAAUAUGCCCCUGCUUGAUCAGGCCCAUGGCCCCUCUAGUCCUGCAUCCUGUACUCAACAGUGGCCAACCAGAUGCCUCCAUGAAUUUGUCCAAUCCUCUUUGAAGGCCAACCAAGUUGGUGUCUAUCACUGCCUCCUGUGGGAGCGAGUUCCAAAGUGCUUUCUUUUGUCUGUCCUGAAUCUUCCAACAUCCCAUGAUGAACACACACCUGGAUGUGCAUGGAUAACAAACAACCUCAUGGAGAAGGAAGCGGUGAUGAAUGAAGGGAAAUAAAUGAGCACCAAACUAUUUAUGGAGUCAAUUUAUGUUGCUGUUGUUUAGUCGUUUAGUCGUGUCUGCCUCUUCAUGAGCCCAUGGACCAGAGCACGCCAGGCACUUCUGUCUUCUACUGCCUCCCACAGUUUGGUCAAACUCAUGCUGGUAGCUUCGAGAAACACUAUCCAACCAUCUCGUCCUCUGUCGUCCCCUUCUCCUUGUGCCCUCCAUCUUUCCCAACAUCAGGGUCUUUUCCAGGGAGUCUUCUCUUCUCAUGAGGUGGCCAAAGUAUUGGAGUCUCAGCUUCAUGGUCUGUCCUUCCAGUGAGCACUCAGGGCUGAUUUCCUUAAGAAUGGAUAGGUUUGAUCUUCUUGCAGUCCAUGGGACUCUCAAGAAUCUCCUCCAGCAUCAUAAUUCAAAAGCAUCAAUUCUUCGGCGAUCAGCCUUCUUUAUGGUCCAGCUCUCACUUCCAGACAUCACUACUGGGAAAACCAUCGCUUUAACUAUACGGACCUUUGUUGGCAAGGUGAUGUCUCUGCUUUUUAAGAUGCUGUCUAGGUUUGUCAUCGCUUUUCUCCCAAGAAGCAGGCGUCUUUUAAUUUCGUGGCUGCAGUGAUCAUGGAUCCCAAGAAAGUAAAAUCUCUCACUGCCUCCAUUUCUUCCCCUUCUAUUUGCCAGAAGGUGAUGGGACCAGUGGCCAUGAUCUUCGUUUUUUUGAUGUUGAGCUUCAAACCAUAUUUUGCGCUCUCCUCUUUCACCCUCAUUAAAAGGUUCUUUAAUUCCUCCUCACUUUCUGCCAUCAAUGUUGUGUCAUCUGCAUAUCUGAGGUUGUUGAUAUUUCUUCUGGCAAUCUUAAUUCUGGCUAGGGAUUCAUCCAGCCCAGCCUUUCGCAUGAUGAAUUCUGCAUAUAAGUUAAAUAAGCAGGGAGACAAUAUACAGCCUUGUCAUACUCCUUUCCCGAUUUUGAAACAAUCAGUUGUUCCGUAUCCAGUUCUAACUGUAGCUUCUUGUCCCACAUAGUCAAUUUAUAUACUGCUUAAUUACAGGUGACCUAAAGCUAGAUGUGAUGUUUGUCAUAUAGUUUGCCCUUUGAUAGUAGUUGUUUGUUUACCAAUAGUCAAUGUGGGGGGAGGAGCCAGAUCAGGGCCAGGACAGAGGGGAUGGGAGCUGAACCCUUCACCCUUAUCAUUGUCCAGAUUGCAAUUGCCACCACCCUGCAGCUUCUUAAAAAAUAUGUUUAGUAUUUUCCAAAAUAGCAAAUAUAAAACUGAACAUUGCAAGGCAAAAUAAAGUCCAAUCAUACACCACAAAAAUACAUUUCCCCCCAUCCAGUGUGAGGUGGUGGGACUCCUUCAUGAGGCUGAAGAAAAGGCAUUUGAUAUUGUUGUGUGUCCACAACCCUGAGCAAUGAGAGACUCCAGGGGUUCCAGUGCUUACCUAGGAUUUUGUUUCCUUAAAAUGAAGGUCAGCUGGGACGGUGGUGUCUUUAGGAUAUAUACUUUUAUUUACACAUAUAUGCAACCUGAGCCAUAAGAUGGAGGGGCUCCAACAGAUCUUGCCUCCCUGUUAGGUGCCUGGGGAGGGGACAAACUAAUAGCUGUGGAUUCAGCACAGAUUAUUAUUAUUAUUAUUUAUUAUUAUUAUUAUUUCUACCCCGCCCAUCUGGCUGGGUUUCCCGAGACAAGAGAAUCAAGUGUCUCUCUGGCUUUCAGCUCAGCCAAAGUUCCUCUCACACAGUUGUAACUAGCUCUCUCAUUUUUUGGUAAAUAAUUUUUUAUUAAUUUUCAAUUAAUAAAAUCCAAUAUAAACCACAUUUUAUCAAUUUCAAAUUACAAUUCAAAUUCAAAUACGUAUCAACUAUAAAGCCAAUUAUACAUUUUGUGUGGCCUCCCGCGUGCUAGAUUUCAAGUUGAGAUGAUUUUAUUUCAUCCUGCUUCCAAAGUCUUAAUUAAUCCAAUUACAUUCAGUCAUGAUCUUAAUCCCUUAUCAGCAGCUACAAAGUUUUAGACUUCCAUUUGUAUUGGCGGGGAGCUUGUAAGGACAAUUGCCCUCAAAUCAUCCUUGUUUAUCCUUUGCUAACGGUCUCCACUAUUGUGGGUGUGGCAUCCAUUAAGGCAGACCAGAACUGGAAGCCCACAGUUGUAACUAGCUCAAUCUUUGGUUGGGACUGAUGGAAAUAGAUGCCAUCUGGAAGAUGCCAAAUUGGGGAAGGCUAAACUAGUCUAUAGCUUUUGGUGUCUCCCCUAAUCCCCAUGGCUUUGUUGAAUAGCUCCUCUCCCUCUGCUCCACUUCACACUUGUAAAUCUCAGUAAAGUAUCAACACCUUGUAUACAUGAACACAGGAAACUGCCUUAUAUGAAAUCCUGUCUACUGAAUUGUGUCCACACCGUCUGGCAGCAUCUCCUCAGGGUUUUAAAGGGGGGACACCCCCAGGACCUUCAGAUGCCCUCUCACUGAGCUUUCCCUUCAUGUCUCCCCCCUGCCAAUGAUCCUUUUCCUUUUUCCUGAACAAAGCACAUCUUUCUCAUAGAAUUCCAAGCCCAUGCCCAUCGUUAUUGCUGUAGGAUUAUUUAUUUAUUUUUGCAUCUUUUGCUAAGUGUUAUAUAUUUAAAGUCAGUAAUGGGCCUCCCGCUGUGGGGUAAUCAGCACUGCACAGAGUGGGCCUGUUGCCUGCUGUGGCUUUACAUAGAGGAUGCAUUGCUCAUGUCCUGUGUCUUGCAUCUUUAAAAAAGACAUAGUGAGGCUGACUGUAUGUUUCCAAAAUGGCUUUGCAAAUUCUUACACUGCAGGUCCAGCUUCCUAAGUGCAUAUUCCCCAUAUUUGGCAUGUUGUCCUUAAGGGACUUUUCCUGCUAUUCAUUCCAAUGUCCACUGCUUUUUUGGGGGACAGGGAGUAAGUGGGAGGGCUUUUGGAUCCCAUCAGAACAUUGCACCUUUCCCCCCUAAGCUGGGCAAACACUUCCUUGCAGAAUUCUGCAACCCUAGAAUUCCCACAAACAUUCUCCCUCCAAUUUGUUUUAUUUUGCAGUUGCAGAUAGCCAAACACAAGGGCGAGAUUCUCGGUGUGGUCAUCGUGGAGUCUGGCUGGGGGUCCAUUUUACCCACAGUGAUCCUGGCCAACAUGAUGAAUGGGGCCCCUGCUGCUCGUUCAGGGAAACUCAGCAUCGGGGACCAGAUUAUGUCCAUUAACGGGACCAGUCUCGUGGGGCUUCCCCUGGCAACAUGUCAAGGAAUCAUAAAGGUACUGUAUGUAAUGUCUCACUCUGAAUGUGACUGACCUGUAUGAAGGACUCUAUACUUGAAAAUAGAAACUCUGUAUGUACUUUUGUUACCCAAGAAAAAUCUUUUAAUAAAAACAUUUGGAAGGAAGGAAGGAAGGAAGGAAGGAAGGAAGGAAGGAAGGAAGGAAGGAAGGAACUGUUUAGGAUGAGAGGGGAGGGGUCUGUCCUGUGGACUGUGGAAUCCCACUUCCUAGAAAUUCUACAAUUACAAAUUUUGAUGUUGCCAACACUGUGGGUCUUACGGACAGCAAAGGGAGAAAGUGGAAGGAUGAGAUUGUCACCAAGGUAGUCGUCUCAAGAGCCACGAGGCCUCUCUGUCUUGCGAAGUCAAGCAGGUCUCACUCUGGUUAGUGCCUGGCUUGGAGACUGCCUGGGAAUCAGAUGCUUACCACAUUGGGUUCCAUGAGGGGAGAAGGGCAGGGUAGAAAUGUAAGGGGAAUUUUUAAAAUCAUGAUGAUGAAUGAUGGUGAUAAAAGCAUGUCCUUAGUUGUUGGCUCGUCUGCCUAUUUGGUAGGUUGUGGAGGAAUUGAAGCAUUGGGGAACGCUUGCAAGCCCAAGGGCCACAUUCCCUUGAAGGCAGGCUUCUGGGGGCCAUAUGCCAGCAGUGGCCAUCCAGAGGGGCAUUCCAUCCAUUCCAGCCAUUCCACACCCCUACUUCUCCUUGCAUUCAGGCAACCAAGACACCCACUGUUCAAGUUCAAGGAUCCACGUUCAAGUAUACAUUUGCACCAGGCAAAAGCAUUUAAGGAGGGUGCAGAAAAAGAUUGGGUUUUUGGGGGGGAGGGGUGGCCUGAGGAUAGUUCCAAAGGCCAGGGAGAGAGACCUGGAGUGCAGAGUCAAUUCCUGGACCAGCGCCUCCUGUCCCCACUGCAUUAGAUCAAUAAGAUGAAACACACAGUCACUUGCAUCAACUCACUUCCCACGCAGGAGCCCUUUGGGUGCCCCCAAAUGGGAUAAGACAAAAACACCAUUGGACACAACCAACUAUGAAGUGGCGGCCACUGGAAACUGCCUUCCUUUGUUUGUGAUAAAGAACUUGCUAAGCUUGAGGACAUUUUUCAGGGUCUUAAGAACCAGACGCAAGUGAAGUUGAACAUUGUCAGCUGCCCUCCAGUCACCACUGUCCUUAUAAAGCGACCAGACUUGAAAUACCAGCUGGGCUUCAGUGUACAGAAUGGAAUUGUAAGUUCACUUUUCCUUGUAGUGUUGGUAUGGUGGUUGGAUUUGAAAACUAUUGUCUUUGCUCAAAAAGAGUCGGAUGGAUAAGGACAAUGGUUCUUAUUUGCUGUUUUAAAAAAUUAUUACUGAGAUUUUUCAAAUAAACAAAAAUUACAUAAUUACAAAACGCAUAAGAAAUAACUUAACUACGAGCUUAGUCCUUGUGCUACUUGUGGAUGCGCAGAAAAAAGAGAAAAUCCAAAUAAUUAUUUAGAAAAGACUCAAAGAGCGAUAUGGAAAUCCAACAAAGAUAAUUCUUGGGGAGUUUAAUCUACAGACCAAAACUGUUUAGGUAUAAUCCCUGCCCAUAAUGAUGCUCUGGAGGAAGAACUGCUCUCUGCUGUCUCAAAACAAAUUCAACAAACAGAGACCAAGUAACUGAGAUUUAACUCCUCUAGGUUUUCUGUUACAUUCUGUAGCUUUUUCUGCAGCUGCUAACAGCCUUACCUUAUUCCACCAUCCCUUUAAGGUGAAUUGGAAAUGAAAAUUUAAAUUGCUGGGCUGCUUUGAGAAUGCAAUAUUUAGCUGAGGAAAAAAGACGAGUGAAUUUUGCACAUGGUGGAGAAAUGACAGAUACAUUUCUCCCACUGGCAUAAUGCACUCACCCAGGGCGCUCCCAUGGAGCUGAGUGUCAAAAAAUUCAGGACAGACAAAAGUGCUUCUUCACACAGUGCAUAGCUAAACUACAAAAUUCACGGCUGUAGGAUGUGAUGAUGACCAUUAGCUUGGGUGGCUUAAAAAGGGUUAGAGAAAUUUAGGAAGGGUAAGGUUAUCAGUGGCAACUAGUCAUGAUGGCUGUAUAUUACCUAUGGAGUCAUCAUACCUCUGAAUAGCAGUUGCUUGGGGCAACAGCCAAGAGUGAGGACUGUUGCAUUAAUGCCAUCCUUGUGGGCUUCUCAAAAGAGACACCUGGCUGGCUUCUGUGGAGCUGGGAGAGCUCAGUUGGUAGAGCCUGAGGCCUUUAAUCUCAGGCUCAUGGGUUCACGUCCCACGUUGGGCUAAAGAUUCCUGCCAUGCAGGGGCUGGACUAGAUCACUCAUGGGGUCCCUUCCAACUCUACAGUUCUAUGAUUCUAGAACUAGAUGGGUCUUGGUUUGAUCAAGUCUUUGGUUAUUACGAUGACUUCUGCAAAUAGCUCAUUACUAGCCAUGAUACAGCCAAGUUCAGUCUCCUUGUUGAGCAGCAGUGAGUGAGGACUCUUGCUUCACAACCUGCCUAGAGGUCAUCCGGCAGACAGCUGGGCGCCGUGGGAAUAAGAAGCCCUUUCCAUAUUAGCCAGCAGUCCUGCUUGUAGAUUCUUUAGAGGAGCCCUAAUCUCAAAGAAGUUCAUGCCAGCUGUUCUAUUUGGAAGUCACCUAGUUGCAGCAGCAGGUUGCUUUCUGAAUAGGUUUCCCAUAAGGCAGUACCACUUUAACUGGGGUUUGGUACCAUCUAGUGGCUGUUAGGCAUAUUCACAAUUGGCCUCAAUGCCACCCUGUUCAGUGACUGUCUAAUGCAGGGCAUAGCGAGCACUUUUGAAGGCAAAAGAGAAGGAUCCACUUUGCCCUGAGGAGUAGGAGGAUUUCUAAAGGGUGAACCUGGAGUAUUAGAACGUCAUCUGACUGAAAUUCUUUUCAUAUAACUAUUUCAACGCAUUAUAUGUAGGGCUGCUUCUGAAAACAGUUCAGAAACUUCAGGUGGUUCAGAAGUCAGUGACCAGGCUGCUCACUGGGACAAGACGGUUUGAGUGUAUUACACCGAUCCUGGUCCAACUGCACUGGCUACCAAUUAGUUUCCAGGCCCAAUUCAAAGUGCUGGUUUUGACCUAUAAAGCCCUAAAUGGCUGAGGACCACAAUACCCCAAGGACUGCCUCUCCCCAUAGGAACUGAGCCAGACCCUGCAAUAAUCACCUGAGGCCUUUCUUUGUGUGCCUCCUCCAUGAGAGGUCCAGAGGGUGGUAACAUGAGACUGGGCCUUUUCUGCAGUGGCUCCCUCUUUGAGGGAUGCUCUCUCCAGGGAGGAUUGCCAGGUGCCUUGUAUCACGUAUCUUUAGGCCUUUGGCCUUUAACCAUCUUUGGCCUUUUAGAAGUGAGCGAGCUGUUAUUAAUGUAUUUCUUUUUCCUCUUGGCUUUAAUAAAUCUAUGUGAGGGGGUUUCUCUGUUUGUUUGUAAGUUGCUUUGGUUGAACAAAUUUUAGCAACAACAGCAGCAGCAGCAGCAGCAGCAGCAAUAUGAAAAGGAAUGCCUGUGUUGCAAUUCUCAGUAUAUACUGAGAUUUGUGAUAUUUCUGUCUUUUGCAUUGUGUGAUCUCAUUCCAUACUUUCUACCUUCCUGGGUUUGUUUUUCACAUCUUGCAUUUUGCUUCUGAUGUUAUUGUUAAACAUUACUGCUGCCUCAAUUUUACCUUGGCAAGGACUUUGUUUUGCAUAGAGUCUAAUGUGACGGUGGGGGUCCCAUGGCCCUCCAGUGUGGCUGGAUUGCACUCCCCCCCCCCCGACCAUUGGCUCUGCUGGCUGGAUUCAAAUAACAACGUCAACAUGGCCACAAGUUUCCUAUCUCUGAUCUGAUAUAUUCAAAUAAUGAUAAUUGCAUGUAUGCAUGUUGAAUUUCAAAUGGGGAGCCAACCUGCGAGCAUCUAUUUACUGAAGGUAAAGGUGUGAAUUUACCUAGCUGGAUUUUUAUGUUUUAAUGCUGUGACUCAGGCUCCUGCCAUAUAGCCUGUGCCCUUGGAUGUGCUCUGGGCUGCAUCCCUGUGCAAGAGGGGCCAGCCCUCAGACCCUCACCCAGUAUAAGGCCUUAGCCCUCACUUUUGGCAAGUUUGCAUAAAGCUGACAUGGAGCUGCCUUCCCCAAGCUGAAGUCCUCCAGAUGGUUUGCACCACAGCUCCAAUCAGACCCAGCCAACCUAGCCUUAGAGCAACGGAAACCUUUCUCAACCUUGGCUCCCCAGAUGGACUGCAACUCCUCUUAUCCCUGACUGCUGGCCCUUCUUACCAGGGAUAAUAGGCUGAGAAAGUUUGAUCUAGACAGUUAAGAACCCACGAGGUUCUUAAGAAAAAGGGAAGAUUGGGUCAGUGCUGUAGUGGGCAUUGCCAGAACCUGGGGCAAGGCAAGCAUUGCAGCUCCUCUUUUGGACAUUGUGCAGGAGGCAACAGAUAUUUUUCACUGCGCCCCUGCGGCAGCUGCUCCUCACAGAGGUUGCCUGCUGGUUUCUGUGUUCCCUCUCUCAUCACAGUGAGCUCCCACAGCUUCUCUGUGUUGCCAUUGCAAGGUGUGUGUCUUGUCCAAGGACACAUGCCGGGAGGGAGGCCCCAGGGAAGGACCAACGUAGGCCAGGAAAAGUCUGGGCUCCAUCCAGCAGAAGUUCUGCCCAGGGGCGGGCAUACCUUCACCGGCCACAAGGAGGAGGCGCCACUGCAGCUCUGAAGGCCUAGCUAGCCUCCGGAAGGCUCUGGAAGGCGGCAGCCAGGAGCUCAGCCAUGCAGCCUCUGCAAGAGAGCCUGUCAUGGGGCCCUGGCUUGCGCCCCCUCAGAAUUCUGCUCCUGGGGCCACAUCCCCCUCACCCUAUGCCAUUUGAUUGGGCAUAUAUUAGCAUAUGACAUUCGUAUGGAGCAAAAGUUACCUUUAGUGAAAUGAAGCGUUGCUUUGAUUGGAAGGCAUUCAGACCAAGUAUGAAGUCAGAAAGCUGAUGCUUAUGAAGGGAAGCACAUUCUUGAUGGAGAAAAAGAGUUCUAUAGCUCUAGGUAACUAACUAGUUGGAGAAAUAAUGAAGCCAUGCAUGCGCCUGUUCUCAAAAGACGCAGCCGAGGUGCCCUUGCACCACGAGGUCCAGAGGAGUGUGCAAACGGUAAGAACUUAAGAAGAGCCAGCUGCUGGAUCAGGCCAGUGGCCCAUCUAAUUCCGCAUCCUGGAUGCUGGAUUCAUUCCCAUCUUAAACUGGACCUGAUGAAACCCUCACCCCUGUGAACUUAAUGCUGUCAUUGUGUACACAUUUCACCCAGAGAUGACAAGUUGUUUGGGAUCUCUUUGGGAAUUUUCAACAGAUAGCCCAGCAGCUGAGGGAUUGAGAUGGGGGGGGGGGGGGAGAUCUCACCACAAGAGCUUGGGGCGUUUCCUGCCAGCCAGCCAGCUGUGUUCAUCUUAGGUCCGUGAAGCACAGUUGGAUCCCCCUUCCUCAGGCUUGAAUUGAUGAGUUGGCUUCUUGUCAUCUCCAGCUGCUGCUUUCGGUCUGUUACCACUAACUGACCUGAAAGUAAUUCAGGGCUGUUGAUGCCCAGCCUAAAGAACAGGGAGCCGUUUCAAAAGUUUUCUGCAUGUCGCCCCCACCUAUCAACUGUGUUGCGCUAUGUUGCAAACCUUCCUUGCUAAAUAAACCUAGGAGUCAGAAAGAGAUUCCAGGCCCCAAAAUGGAGGGAGGGAGGGAGGGAGGGAGAGAUAGAUACAGUAUUUAGCCUGAACAGCAAACCUAGCCUUGGAAAUUUAUCCCUCACGGUGGUCUAGAAUCUGAUCCUCUAGUUCCCAAACUUUUUCAGGAAAUCCACCUCUUGGUUCCAUAAACUGUGCUUCCCAUCCUACCCUACAAAAAGGCAUUACUGAGAAUAGCAGUCUGCAUGAAGGGAGAUACUAACACAAUAAAAUUCAAAGCAGUAACAAUUAAUUGCAUAUUUAUUCAAACAAUUCAACAAAAGGAAAAAAAGAGCAUUGACAGGUAUAAGGCUAGGAGACCAUUUCCCCCCUAACCUGGGCCAAAACUGAAAUAAAAUGUUUAGAGCAGUAGUUUGCAAAGUGGGUGGUGGUGGGGGGGACAGUAGGAUUCCCUGGUGGGUUGCUAAGAGGCAAGGAGGUGGCAGUGGGGGGGCACUGGAGGUGUAAAUAACAAUAAGCUUUUGAAAAUCUGGUAACACUGGAUCACGUUCCAUUUCCCACCUCCUUCCCAAAGCCCGACUUAAGCCGGCCCCUUAAGGGGAAGAGGCUAUUGAUGGCCAUUGGCCAUGGUGACUAUGUUUUGCCUCCGAACACCAGUAGCUGCAAGCCACUAGAGGGCUCACUAUGUUUGGGUCCUGCUUGCAGGUUUCCCACCAGGAUCUGGGUGGCCAGUGUGAGAGCAGGAUGCUGGACUAGAUGCACCAUUGGCCUGAUCCAUCAGGGCUCGUCUUGUGCAUUUACAUCUAGGCCCAAGGGCAAAAGCUCAUGACCUUCCUCCUAGUUCUGUAGGACACCUGGCACAACCUUAAAAAAAAAAAGAAUGUGAAUCUCUCUCCCUCUUUCUCUCUCCAGAUCUGCAGUCUGAUGCGAGGUGGGAUAGCUGAGAGAGGUGGUGUCAGGGUUGGCCAUCGCAUCAUUGAGAUCAACGGUCAAAGUGUCGUUGCCACGGCUCAUGAGAAGAUUGUACAAGCUUUGUCAAACUCUGUGGGAGAGGUGAGGCUUCCAGAGCAGAGUAUUUCCCCCAUAAUAAAGGACUGGCAGAUUUAGUUUCUCCUUGUUGGAGGAAAGGGAAAGAAAAAGAAUAAUUUGUGUUCUAGGAAACCAACAGUAGGCUGAAUCCAAGAUGGUGGCCUUGCCUGUUUUUCAUCUAGUUUUCCAGAAAGAUUGUGUGUUUGGAGUGAGUGUGUGUGUGUGUGUGUGUGUGUGUGUGUGUGCUUUAAAAAAGAAAACUCAGAUACAUUAUUCAAUUUCAGUGUUAGGGGAGAAAAUUAAUCAAGUAUUGGAAAUCAGUAGAUUCAUGCAUGAAAUGCACAAUGAUCAUUUGUCUUCAUACGUUGUGGUAGUUUGAUGAAUUGGCAUUCAGAUAGUUGACUGAAGAGAGCAGGCUUGUAAAACAGGCAUGAGAUGUGUAAACAUUUGUCCAGAUCUAAAGAGAAAUUGGAAAGUGGGAAUUUCAAGGUAGUGUGCUGGAAGGGAAGAAUUUAUUUAAUCUGUUGUCCCUAUCCACAUUAAUUUGAGUUGCCUUGGAAGCAACAUCCACCCCUUGUCCCAUCUCUGUCUUGAACAUCAAACAAAUGCCCUUCUAAGUAUAAUGCCUGCAUACCAUCCUUAUGGGAGGAGUGUAAGGAUCUGCAGAAAGAAAGUAUGCCAGGGAGAGGGCAGAGCUAGCAUGAUUUCUGUGUGCAGGGUGUGGUUUCAUUUCUUUUUGCAUGCCAACACAUUCAGGCAUUUGAGCCCCAGAUUGAUACAAGGCAUAUCAAAAAGGACUAGAACCCCAGAGAGGCAGCAUUCUUACCAGGGAGGGGUCCUUCUCUAGAAUUCUUUUUCUCUUGAGAUUCUUAUUGUUUACCACAUUUAAAUAGCUGCCCUGGGUGACUUACAACAUAAUGUUGAAAACACAAUGUACAAUACUUAGUUUAAAAAAGCAAUUCUAGGGUCACUAAGCUCUAACCCUGAACUAGUUCCAAAACUAAUGUGUUUUACCCUGUCUGGACAAGCACUGAAAAGUUAGUCAGACACUGCAUGUGUACUACAGCCCUUGCCUGCAAUUGGUAUUGGAUUGUCUUUCUUUCAAGUCAUCCCCAGAUUGUAAUUUCUGUGCUCAUGACAGGUCUGUAGGAAGACUUGUUUUCCAUGUGCAAGGAGAUUGUGCUGCGAAGGUAUUUUCAAAUAUCUGUGCUCACCACUCCCCCCCCCCCCAAGUCUGUUCUGGGUUGGUAUGACUGAGUUGGCAUAGACAGGAGCCUCCCCAAAAGUUUGAAAUGCUCUCCAGUAGUCAGCGAUAAGAACGGGACAUAUGUCUUUUCAGUUUUCCACAUCUAGUUUGAGGCAGUAUUGCAGCCAGUUUCUGGGAGUCACACAUGGGGAGGCUGAUGUUGCACUCAGAUCCUGCCUGUUUAUUUAGCUAGCAAGAUUUAUAUGCACCUAAUGAAAGUAAUUAUAAUCUCUGAGCAGUCCACAUCAAGUUUAUGCACUUCCUAGGGCCUCUGGUGGACCACUGUGUGUACAUGAUACUGGGCCUUUGGCCCGAUACUGCUGGACUUUUGUGCUUUUAAGAACUCCUUUUCUCUUUUUGACGUCUUCUAAUCUCGAAUCUUGUAAUCUAAUAAUUUAUUAUUUAUAUGCCGCCCAUCUGACUGGGUUGCCCCAGCACAAUAUAUCACAGCCUAAAAACUUCCCUGAACAGAGCUGCCUUCAGAUGUCUUUUAAAAAUCACAUAGCUGUUUAUCUGUUUGACAUCUGGCGGGAGAGUGUUCCACAGGAUGGGAGCGACUACUGAAAAGGCCUUCUGCCUGGUUCCAUGUAACCUCACCUCUCGCAAUGAGGGAACCACCAGAAGGACCUCCAACCUCCGUGUCCAGUCUGGAUGAUGGGAAUGGAGAUCCUCCUCCAGGUAUACUGGGCUGAAGCCGUUUCGGGAGGUUAGGAGGAGGACCCUGUACUGUUUUGCAACCUGCUUUUGAAGUGCCACUGAGAAGACAGGCAGUGACACCUUCCUCCUAUGCCCUCACUGCCCUUGACCUCACUUACCAACACACAUAAAAUCCUAUUGGCAGUGGUGACCCAUGUGAUUUUGGUGAUGAUGUUACGGAAGCAUGUAAACAAAAUCACAUGGUGCACUGCAGGGGGACCAACUAUAGGCAAAUGAAGGCAAGAACAUGCCGGUGAAGAAGGAUGGUGAGUUAGCCCCACCCACCCCUAAUUUGUUUUUCUGUGUUGAUGGUGCUGCUUUCAGACUGGAUAUCGAAACUAUGAACUGUUUGGCACAGCCCUGAUCCUGGCUGCUGUUGUUUGGAUACGGUUUGAUGCUUGCUUGUUUCUCAGCUGCUUCUCAGUGGGCAUCUUGUCCUUGCCUUCCUUUGUCCAUACCGGUGGUGUCUAAUUCUGUUGGCUAUGAUGCAGCAAGUGAUUUUGUUUACAGGCAUCAUUGAUGUCAUCAGCACAAUCACAAGUGUCACCAGAGCCUGAUUUUAUGGCACCCUGGUUAAGUGAGGCUGAAGGCAGUGAGGGCGGAGGAAGAAGAUACUGCCACAUUCAACACAGCAGAUCUUAACCGCUGCCAAUUCUCUUCUCGCCUACUUGACAGAUUCAUAUGAAGACCAUGCCUGCAGCAAUGUUCAGGCUGCUAACGGGACAGGAGACACCACUGUACAUCUAA